AUGAAUGGCAAUAAAGAACUAGGAGAUAGAUUAGAUACAAAUACAUACCUUAAUGUGGACUCUAUCAAGAUUCCAGAAGAAUCUCUGAUACCAGAUGACAUAAUAGACACAAUGCCAAACCAUCCUGUAAUCGAGUUAAGAGAACAGGAUAGAUGGUUACCGAUAAACAACGUGGCAAGAUUAAUGAAGAAUACUUUACCCUCGUCUGCAAAAGUGUCAAAAGAGGCGAAGGAGUGCAUGCAAGAGUGUGUGAGUGAAUUUAUAUCCUUUGUGACUAGUGAAGCAAGUGAUAGAUGUGCAGCAGAUAAAAGAAAGACGAUUAAUGGAGAAGAUAUUCUGAUAUCAUUGCAUGCAUUGGGGUUUGAGAAUUAUGCAGAAGUUUUGAAGAUUUAUUUAGCUAAAUACAGACAGUAUCAAGCUACCCGAAAUCAACAACUAUGUGAAGACGAGACAAAAGAAGAGAAUAUGAAAGUUAGUAAUAAUAGUAGCGGUAGUAGUAAUAGUAAUGGUGAUAAUGGCAGUGCUGAGGCCGUUGGUGGUGGAGGUGCUAGUUAG